GCCGCUCCUCUUCGUUUCCGUAUUUUCUACAAAAGAGAACAUGGCGGCCGAUGAUGUGAAGCAGUUCAAGAGUUUCUGUGAGAGCGACAAACAAUGGCGAGCAAGGGAGGAAUUUCUACUAAGAAAUUUGAGGAAUUUCCAGGGUGACAAUGAAAUAGAUAAGCUGCUGGCUCUAUCUAUGGUCUGGGCUAAUCAUGUCUUCAUGGGUUGCAGAUACAGUGAUGAACUUUUGGGAAGAGUUUUCGCUAUGGCAGAUGAUAUUCGCAUCGAAGAUGCUCCACAUUUCACCACCAGGGAUGAAAUAAUGAAACGGAAUCAAAGUAACUGAUAUGGAUUUGGAUUCAGAGCCAGUGCAAUCGUGUACGUUGGAUAAGAUUGUGUAUAGUGGCAUGAUCUGGAUCAUUGCCUUCAAAAAUUUUGAAAUGUGAAUAAUGCCAGAAGACAUGUUUUUAACCUUUUAUUUAAAAUAUUUCAAAUUUUAAUACAUUUUUUACAUUGCAUAAAUGAACCUUUUUUUUUUUUUUUUUAAUAUGAUGUAUUGUGUGAUUUGAGAUUUUUAGCAUUGUACUAAUGGAGCCAAUUUACUUGGAAUGUGUGUGCGCAAGUCCUGGUUUUCUCCACUUUCUGAGAUGACCCCUUGAUAUUGUAAAGUCUGCACAGCUUUCUGGAGAAAAUUACAAGAAGCACCACCCAGCAGAUCCAAGCCUGCCUUGAAAGUGAUUAGUUUAUGCAAAACGAAGAGUGGAAUUCUGCAUUGUGUUUAACCUAUCAGCAAUGAUUGGGGGAAAAUGGAGAUUGAUGUUCAUCUACACCAUCACAGAAUGUCUUGCAUAUAUUGAAAAUAAUGGAAGAUGUUUUUAGAAUGUAUGAUCUGCUUGGCGAACAAACCACUGUGCUAUGGCAAUUCAAGCCAUAACUGUAAGUUUAAGCACUGGCUGUACUGUGAAAUGAAAAUAAGAGUAUUGCAUAAAGCAACAGCCUCUGAUACUGUGCA